UAUGUGUAUCAUUCGAGAAAGUUCCUCUUUCCAACUCCUGACAGGAGAGCGAGAAGGAAGCAGCAUUCGCCUCGGAACGAUGGAACUGAAGGACCCGGAGAGAUUCGAUGGAAUAUUGCUGGGGAUGGCCCAGCAGUGUGAACAAGGCGUGCCCGAGUUGAUGGAUUACUUUUUCCAUUUUCUCGUCCGAAAAACAGAUUUUUAUAGUCAAUCAGAAACUGCUGAGAAGAUGGUGAUGGAGAAAUUUAAUUAUUACAAAACUAAGAGCACUUACUAUCAAGAUGAAAAGAAACAAAAGGCUGAAGAGAAGAGGAGAGCUGCUGAAGAGAAAAAGAGGGCCGCUGAAAGGAAGGCUAAGGAGGAGGCAGAAAAAGCAGCAAGGGAGUCAAAAGUGCAAGAAAUCACUGAUGAAGAAGCAGAACAACUACAGAAAGAAAUAGACAAUCAAAAGAACAAAGUAACAAAUGGAGACGAAAGCAAAGCUGAUGAAAAUGAUGAUAUGGAUGGAGAAGGAGAAGAUAAAGCAAAAAGUGACAAAAUGAAACCGAAUGUUGGCAAUGGAGCCGACUUGCCAGAUUACAAAUGGACUCAGACCCUUGCGGAUAUAGAGUUGAGGGUUCCUGUCAAAGUUUCAUUUCCCCUCAAAGGCAAACAUGUUACUUGUAAAAUACAGAAAAAGCAUCUAACAGUUGGAGUCCAAGGACAGCCACCAAUCAUUGAUGGUGCUUUGUCAAAGGAAAUCAAAAUCGAAGAAAGUACCUGGACAAUCGAAGACAAUAAGAAUAUUGUUGUGAGCAUGGACAAAGUAAACAAGAUGGAAUGGUGGUCCAAACUUGUUGAAACUGACCCAGAAAUUGACACUCAGAAAGUUCAACCUGAAAACUCCAAAUUAUCUGAUUUAGAUGGUGAAACUCGAGCCAUGGUUGAGAAAAUGAUGUAUGACCAGAGACAGAAAGAGAUGGGUUUGCCGACAUCCGAAGAUCAGAAGAAACAAGAAAUCCUUAAAAAAUUCCAACAACAACAUCCUGAAAUGGACUUUUCAAAAUGUAAAUUUUCUUAAGCUUUCAUUCCAUCAACUAAACUAUCUUGCGGCUGCCUUACUCCAACACUGACCACAACCAGUAAGGCAAAAUAUUCUAUAUUAAUUUCUAAAAAAGAAAAACACAAAUCCCAUAGAAAUAAGCAUUCUCCCUAGACCUUUAUUUUCUUUUGAAAUGUCCUAUAUUUGCUUGUUUUGAAUAUUUUACUGUUCAAUUAAAACAUACAUUGAAAAUAUAUUCAAGGACUUAAUUUUUCUCUAAACUCAAAUUUCUGAUUUGUUUUACAAAUAUUUGAUUAUUUUCAACGUUCAGGUUGUGAAGUUAUUUAACCCUAGUUUUGAAUGAGCUGUCCAUAGAACAUCAUAAUGCCUCAACAGAAUUUCAUUUGACCCAUGCAAACAUAGCAAAUAGAAAUGCAAACGGUUUAACUACAUGACUGGGUGUUGUCCACUGAGCCACCUUGCUCAGCUGAGAAUCAUGAAGCAGUGAUGAAUCCCUCAAGUUGGAGAUGAUGUCUCUCAUCAAGGUGCAACAAUUACACUUCCAGUACACUUAUUGCAUGUAGUCUGCACUGCUGCCAAAUGUUUGGGGACCGUGGUGGGUAUUGCAGCUUUUUGUGUAUUUUCUUUGUAUAGAUUGAGUGGGAAGAUGGUUUUAAAGUGCAUGUGCACCCAUGCACCUUGAUCUUUCAAAGGUAGUUUUUCGUUUAUUAAAGUGGUCUUUCAUAUAG